GUCACCGCUGUCUCUCUCUUUUUUCCUCCGUUUUCCGCGUGUCGUGUCGUGUUGUCGCUGUUGUAUAGACGAGCCUUCUUUUGCCGUCGUCUCCGUCACUCUUUGGUUGAUUGUUUGCAUAACACAGCCUCUGUUCGUUCUGUUUGUUCGAAACUUCGAAUUCCGAGCGUCGUACUCGUUCUUGCCGAGCGACCUCUUGUCUCUCUUUCUCGCUAAACCCGCUAUCACGACUUACACAUUCGUUUUCCUCGCGGCACCAUGAAGGUUACAGACGUUCAGACCGCCUUCGCGUCGGCGGUUGUGCUCCUCUCGCUGCCCGCCGGCACAGUCGCCUCAUCCCAUCGAAGAAUUCACCAGCUUCCUAACAAGAAGCACACCCAUUUGCGCUCUCACACAAUAGAGGAUGCUAACUCCAUUGUCAAGCGAGGACAAUGCGCGUUCCCGACUGAUGAUCCUAACCUCGUUGCUGUCACACCCGAUGAGCAGAAUGCUGGCUGGGCUAUGAGCCCGGAUCAGCCUUGUAAACCGGGAAGCUACUGUCCAAUUGCUUGUAAGCCAGGCAUGGUUAUGGCCCAAUGGGAUCCCGAUUCUUCAUACACCUACCCAGCUUCAAUGAACGGAGGACUGUUCUGCGAUAAUAGUGGCACUGUCCACAAGCCUUUUCCCAACAAGCCUUACUGUGUUGAGGGUACCGGCUCUGUCGUAGCUGUCAACAACUGUGGUGAAUCGAUGUCUUGGUGCCAGACAGUCCUGCCCGGUAACGAGGCGAUGCUUAUCCCUACUGAGGUCUCAUCUUCUGCUACCUUGGCUGUUCCUGAUACCAGCUACUGGUGUUCCACUGCCGCUCACUACUAUAUCAACCCUCCCGGAAGUACCGUUGCGGAUUGUGUUUGGGGAACUUCAAGCAAGCCAGUUGGCAACUGGUCUCCCUAUGUUGCCGGAGCCAACACUGAUUCCAACGGCGAAACUUUUGUCAAGAUUGGUUGGAACCCUAUCUACACAGGCUCCUCUUUGAUGAGCACCCUGCCCACCUUCGGCGUCAAGAUUGAAUGCCCUGACGGUGGCUGCAACGGCCUGCCCUGUUCGAUCUCACCCAACUCCUCUGGUAACGUCGACAGCAAGGAGUCUGCCGUUGGCGCUGGUGGCGCAUCAUUCUGCGUUGUCACUGUUCCCAAGGGCGGUACUGCUAACAUUGUGACCUUCAACACUGAUGGUAGCUCCGGCUCCAGCUCCGGCUCCGACUCUGACUCUUCGUCUUCCUCAUCUGCCGAGCCAAGCUCUACCAUUGCCGAGCUCAAGGCCGGUGGCUUUGCCGCCCAGGCAGAAAAGGCCACAUCGACUACCGCCGCUGCUUCAUCCACCGAGGUAUCCUCCACCGUGCCAGCCUCAACAGAGGCAUCAACAACCGCGGCAGCUUCUACCACGGCUGCAGAGUCGACGACAGCACACACUACUGAGGCCACUACCGCCACUACCGCCGCUACCUCGGCUACGAGCGAGACUGACGUUAGCUCCACCACUGUCAAGGCUUCGAAAACCGCGACUUUUGCUCACGCCCGUCCGUCGGUGAACCCUGGCAUGUUCCACGAGAACGGCACAUCACCCCAGACCACAGCGGCGCCCGUUGGACCUUCACAAACCCAGGCUGACUCUGCUCCGGUUACCACGACUACUAAGAAGGGCGAAGCUGGCCGCCAACAGGGCAGCCCUGCUUUUGCAGGCCUAAUUGUUGCCUUUGUUGCCGCUGCUUGCUUCUUUUAAAGAAGAGAAUGAAGAGAAAAAAAAAGAUUGAUGGCAAAGUUGGCCUUGUUAAUUGUAUCUCCGGCAGACCUUGUAUUUUCACAUCUAACUUCAGUGUCUAUGUCACAUUUUGUCAGCUGCAGCUUACAUAUUUUCUUUGUUUAUAUGCUGCUCUAGACUUUAUAUCACUUGACGCGAUUUUUUUUCUUCACCUUUUCUCUCUCGCUUCGCAAACUCGGGCUGUUUGAUUCCCCCUUUCCUCCCUGUCACACCACUAUUGAUAUUCUUGGGCUGCCAUAUCUGCAUAUGGCUGUACUUUCUUUUUAUCUUACAUACCGUUUAUUAUAUGCUUAUAUGCUACACAUAUAAACUGACAUGCCCCCGUUGGGCGAUAGUGUUUAUUGUCUUUGGGGAGAUUUGGAAAGUUUUUUUUUUGUGUCUGGUAUCUUGCCACAAGCCUCCAGCCAAAAAAAAAAAAAUACUCCCUUUCACCCUGCUUCUCUUCUCUUCUUGUUAUGAUGCCAGAAUACGCUGGAGCACAUAUCUUUAUACUUAUUACGAAUCUUUUUAUUAUCUUGUUUUUUUUAUUUUCUUUGCCUUCAUUUUGUCGUCGAUACCCCUCUUCAGCAGUAAGAGAAACUUAAAACCAGCUUUUACGAAACUUGGAGGACAAGAAGGACACCAAAAAAAAUUAAGGAGGGGGAAAGCGAGCGAUUUUUUUAUUUUUUAUUUUUUCUUACAAUCCUUUUUUUUUGUCCACAUUUCACGAUGUAUGUCUUUGGGGGGAGGGCUUGGAGUGGUUUUUACUUUUGGCUAUUUUUUUUCUUCAUCUUCAUACUUCAAUUCUUCUUCUUUUUUGUUUCACAAGAUGAAAGCGGGAGGUUGGAGGGAUUCCAAACAAACAAAGGCUAAGAGGAAAUAGAAGAAAAGAAAGACAGAAAUAGCGCAUUAAUGAAGUUUACGUUUCUCGAAUGCAGUCAGUAGCCAAUUAACAAGGACGUAGAUGAGUAAUAGAAAGAUGUAAGGGCACUAUUGAAUGAUCAAGGCAGAGUGUACUUUUAUACCGUAGCUUGUAUGUCUCAUUACAGUCGUAGUUAGCGACAUUGGCCGUUUUAGGGGGGUAUCAUUUCGUUUUCUUCUAUGGAGUAAUUAGCUAUACAGUAGACGACACCAUGCUAUGGUGUGAUUUAGCGCCGGCGGUUAAAGAGAACCAGCCUUAUCCAGGAUGCCCUUUGCCUCCUCUUUCCCCCAAUCUAGGAACUUUGUAUUGCCCUAAUUAGCCAGACAUCAUGCGCACCCCUUCUCAUAAUGUGACCCAGCCGGGAACUUGAUCCAGGUCGAAUUCAUCAUCGUAUCUCCUCUCUUUUAUCGUCUGCCAAACAUUUGGCCAACCAGCCAGUACAGGGCUGCCUUUUGCUUUUGCUCCGAUGAUGGCAAAUCGGCCCUGGCUGUGCGCGAUGAAACCAUGCAUGAAACCCUGUUGGACGAGCGU